GAGGAGAGAAGAAGAGAAGAGUUGCAGAGUAGGAAACGCAAAUUCAAUUCCAUUCAUUCAUCAGCUAUGAAAUCUAUUCGCUUGAUUUCUACAGCUCCUCCGUUUCUUUCCUUUUCUCGAACUCGAGUUAUCUUCAAGAUUCCACCAGCAGAGAGAUGCGGUGGUGGUGGUGGUGGUGGUUUUGUGACUAUGUCUUUGAAUUCAAACCCAGAGAAGAGCUCUACUAGUUCUGGAAGCCUCAUUUCUAGGGCGACGAUCAGUGUCUUGGAAGAUCAUCAAUCCACCAACGGUUUCAAGAUGCAAAUUGGCAGCUCUGUUUCUCCUCAAUUAGGCAAGAUGAUGAGUAGAGGCGAUCAGGCGUUUCUUCUCUUGGCCUUCAUUGCUUGCACGACUUCAGUUGCUUUUACAAGUUUUGUGGUUACAGCAGUUCCCACACUUCUGGCCAUGGGUAGAGCUGCGUCUUCCUUUGCUAAGUUAGCCGACACGGCCCGCCAAGAACUCCCUAGUACCUUGGCAGCCAUUAGGCUCUCCGGCAUGGAAAUUAGCGAUCUUACUCUUGAAUUAAGCGAGUUAAGCCAUGAAGUAAGUGAUGGGGUAAACAAAUCAGCCAAAGUGGUUCAAGCAGCUGAAGCUGGAAUCCGACAGAUUGGAACACUUGCACACCAGAAAACUCUCUCAAUGAUUGAUGAGAGAGCAAGUUUACCAGAAAUAUCGCUGCAACCUGUUGUGGCUGGUGCAGCGAAGAAGACUUCUCACGCAAUAGGCAUAGCAUCCAAGACACUAAUGAACAUUAUAACCGGAGGAGGUGACAAGGACGAAGAAGACUCCUAAGACGUUUUUAAAAACUUUCUCACUUUAAUUCUUUGUUCCUUUUUUUGCAAGCUAUGAGAAUAUUAAAGAAAUCACGGUUCAGUUGGUCUCACGGUUCAAAACUUUCUGUCAUAUGCGUCUUAGAAACACAUCGUAAGACUAAGACAGACCACAACAAAGACGAUGUAGAAACUUGAUUGUCUUUUUUUUUGGUCAAA